AUGUCCGCGAUGGGGCCACAACAUCACACUACCACAUCGAGCGCAGCUCGUUCACCCGAACGUCGCGCAUCCGCCCAUGCGGGCUGGUGCGAUGCAGUCACUAGCCUUAGGAGGGAGCUAAAACCGAUUAAUACUACUGAGCCGCAAACCCGUGCAUCUGCUGCACCGACCGACGCCGCGCCAGCUAUUCGAAGAAACCCGCUACGUGCUGCGCGAGCUCAGAAACGCCCUCGAUCUCCCGAAGUCGCCAAAGAAAAUCGCAAGCGUCGUCGCGGGGACGAUGUGCCGCCAGUGAAGACGACAGUAUCGCGCCCAUCAUCGGGGCCAAGGAGAAAGCGUACUAGACGUAUGGCGGCGGAAGUGCACAAGCUGCGGUGCGAGGCCGAAGACGCCCGGAGACUCGUCGCGGAGACGCAUGAGGCGAUAUCGCUAGCUGCUGCCAGUGUUAAGAACCUUGUACAGGACAUCAAUAUGAUCAGCAUCUCUCACCCGACUGCAUCCUCACGCGAGGAGGUCUCGAGGAGCGAUACUGUCAGUGCAACAAUCAACCAUACCGGUGGUGACUCGCCGCAAGAUCUCAGACCCGAACAAUCCGCGAUCAAGCAGCCACCCGAUAUUCAGACCGUCGUCGCUGCCUUGAAACCGACGCAGUCAGUUGGCUCGGCGAAUACCUGCGGGUCUUACUCCGCUUCAGAUCGCCGUGCUUUGGCCAAGGCUCUUUUGAACCUAGGCGUCAACGAUGGUUGCACAUGCCAACCGACCCCCCUUCAACGGAGACGCAUUGCCAAAACGACGUUCCUGCGGCCCAGACCUCGCGUAGGCGUCGAUUCGCAGGGUCUACCGUUUCGAGACUGGACCGAAUACCCGUUGGAAGAAGACGAUGACCCGAAUGAGAUCAAAUGGCUGAAGCGCGAGAGCAUCGUCGAAAAUAAGCUUUUCGAUGACACCCGCAGUAUAGGCCAUGCCCUCGAGCCAACGCUGCCGGUAUCACGCCGUCCGCGACGUCGCAGAGUCUUUGCAAAGCAGCCUAGAACUCAAUUUCGAAACAUCACUCCAGUGGUCCUUGACGCAUUGGAGGGGUGGCACGUAGAGCUGGGGCGAUGCGAGAAUUGCCUCAUCAGGGCCAUGCGGUCGUUACCAUUGUGGGUUGUUGCCGUGAAGUCGACCCGCAACGAGGGAUUUGAGUAUGGGUCUCCCGUCUUCGUCAACGCCGCAAGGAACGAGAUGGUGGAAUGGGACGAAGACAUUAGAGGAUGGCGACAUCUGGUACUCGACUAUUAUCGGUGGAUACCUGUCGAAGAACUGGAGGUCAGGCCCUCGGACAGCAAGGCCAAUCCCAACAUCGUAAACGGGACGCGCAGCGUGCCCCUCCCGCUGCAGGCGUGGAUUGAUUACGACGAUUGA